CUGGAUCUCUGGGAUUGACAUGAACAGGCUGAAGAAGUCUUAAAGACAGUCAUGUACUUUGACAGAAUGUUUCCCUCUAUGGACAUGGGCUCCAUGCAAGAAAUGCUGGAGAGCGAGCAGCGCUGUUACGCACCGACUGAGCAGCCCGAGGUUCCUGUCUCAGGGCCUUCAAGCCCGGCCUCGGCUGAGUCGGAGCUCAGCUGCUCCAGUCCGGAAACCAAACCGACACCGGAAACUCGCGUGAGGAGACCUCUGAACGCUUUCAUCAUUUGGACCAAAGAGGAACGCAGACGUCUUGCUCAGCUCAACCCAGAUCUGGAAAACACCGACCUGAGUAAAAUACUUGGUAAGACCUGGAAAGCCAUGUCUCUGGCAGAGAAACGUCCGUACAUGCAGGAGGCAGAAAGACUGAGGGUCCAACACACUAUUGACCACCCCAACUACAAAUACCGUCCCCGUCGGCGCAAGACCAACAAGCGUGCUGCCAAGAUGCCCACGAAUGAAACCAAUGUCACACCCAACUUCCACCUCAGCUAUAUGCUCCAGAACCAAGCUCUUCAAUAUCCAUACACACACUCACACACACUAGCUAACUCAUACACACACCCUUAUGGUCACAGUUUCCAGCAUCAUCCAGUCCCAUCACAGAAUGGGGCAACAAUUUCAAAUGGAGGGGUAACGUUUUCAGAUGGAGCAGUACUCCUGAACUCGUCUUUAGCAUGCCCGCAGCAGUCUGUGUACUCAGCAGAAGCCCAGCUAUACUACACCUCCCAGCAUGCAGUGCAGCAGAGAGGAGAGCAGUGGGACCGGCAGGGUUCAGAAGUAUGUGCUUGUGUCCUGUGCUCAGGUGGACCGUCACUAGAAUUUUACCUGGAACAGGUACGAGUGGACAUGCUUGACCAGCUGGAUCGCAGUGAGUUUGACCAGUAUCUCUAUCCUGUCCAGCCUAAAGACCAACAUUUCCAGUGAACACUAAGUGACCACACAUUAGUGUUCUAAGCCAAGAGACUCUGCAGUAGGUCAAAGCACAGAGUGGCCUGUUUGGUACAAUAUAUCUUCUGUUACUGUUGCUCCUAAAAAUAGAUUUUUUUAAUGAUUUGACUGUGUAUAUAAAUAUUUGUAUUUAUUUAUUAUAAAUUUAGUGGUGCCUGAAAACAGAAUAACCUUUCUCAGGAUUAAAUCUCACAGAUGUUGCAUCCGCUUCACUUUAAAUUGGUCAGUUGUUGCUGCUCUGCUGUCUCAGAGAUUUAUAAGCUUAGCAU